UCAGAAUAAAAAAUGCCAGAUGAAGAAAGAAAAGCUGUUAUAUCUCUCUUAAACAUUCCAUGGAACGAUGUUUUAUUUGUUUAUCUUUUACCAUUACUUAAUUGGAAAGAUUUAUUUCGUCUAAGACGUGUAUCAAGUGAAGUCCUUUGUUUGGUGACAGAGUAUUUCAGAUCAUGUCAAUCUAUUGAUCUCUCUAUAGUUAGUGGACAAUUUAAUGCCAAAGCCUUUCAAAUUAUCUCAAUGAAUAAUUCUUACAUUCAAUUUUUGAUUUUAAGGAAUUGUAAAUGGUUAAAUAGUGAUUUAUUAACACCAGUAUUGAAGACAAAUGAAAGUAUUGUGCAUUUGGAUAUUUCUGGUUGUUCUGCUCUCACUAAUUUAAAUUUACAAAUUUUAGCAACUAAGUGCCGAGGAUUAAAAAAAUUAUCACUGCAAAACUGUCAUUGGGUUAGUGCCACAGCAAUAAUGUCACUUGCUUUAGAAUGUAAAAACUUAGAAUAUGUUGAUUUAACAAGUUGUUGGGAAGUUACAGAUGAAUCAGUAUGUAAAUUGGUUGCUAAUUGUCCAAA